AUGGAGACGGUUGAGAGUUUGAUCCCCCCUCGCGACACAGGGGACAGUGAUCAGGAAUGGGAGAAGCCGGACGACGAAGUUGCCUUGGCUCGUGCUACCUUGGCCCACAAUGUCCAUGCCCACGAGGAUGAGUCGGCCAAUUCGGCAUUGGCUUCCUUCACGACUUUGGAGGUGGAUGACACCAGCAUGGACUUGCGACUCCAGGAAAUGGAAGCUGCCAUGAAAAGGCUGUUGGCCAAGGGCAGCGAGAUGGUGGCGGUCACGGAGGACACCACCAUGGACACCACGGGAUCGGAGGUGCCCACCACAGGUGACUUUGUCCCUGAGGGUGCUGCUACUGAUGACCCCAUGGACAAGCCGGCGAUGCCAACCACAGGUGACUUUGUCCCUGAGGGUGCUGCGGCGGACGACCCCAUGGAUAGGCCCGAGGUGCCAACCACAGGUGACUUUGUCCCUGAGGGCGGCGACACGGUGGCCAAGGAUGAUGCCACCAGGCCCCGGCCCUACUCGGCCCUGCCCGCCGGCGCCCUGGAGGAGAAGGUCUUCAAAAUCGAGGGCUUCCCGGACAACUUCCCCGGCAUCGGCAAGAAGAGUGCAGACUGGGCCCAGCAAUUGACAAAGGAGGAGAUCGCCUCCUUGUUCUCCGAGCUCAAGGCGGAGCAGUGGAGCCGCCCGGCUGUGGAACGAGUCCUUGAGGUGUACCAAAUCUACAAACGACAGCUGGCACAGGAGAAGAUGCUGGCCGCCCCCUACAACCGUGCUCGCAGAGGAGUGGGGCACAGCAGCAUGGGCCAACUUGACCCGGGCAGCACGGGGGCUACCCUCAUGUGCCCGAACUGCUUCUCCGACUGGCAGCGGCAGGACAACAAGGUGGAGGGGAAGUGUAAGCUCUGCCAGAAGUCGGUCAUCGCCGUGGACAAGGGCCCGCCUUCGGCAGAGAUCAAGCUAGGCCAGUCCUCCUGGCGAAUGUUUUGUGGCCGCAAGGGUGUCACGUGGCACACGGAUGCAGACGAGGCCCAGAAGGAAGCCGCCUCCGUGGACAUUGGCUCCUGGGCCCAGCCGCCACCCAGGCCCACGGAUCAGAAGGAGCUGAGCUUUGCCGACCAGGUGCCUAUGGCCCUGAGGCUUAGCUUGGCUCACACGGUGGCAACACAGCCCUUCGACGAGGUGCAGUUUGCCGACAAGGAGGCAGGGGACAGACCCCACCUCCGGGGUGAUUGGCAACCAAGCCAGGAGACGAGGGCUUUCCAUCCCCAGCUGGCGGCGGCGAUGGACAUCACCAAGAAGAGCUCGGGCCCGGUGGACAAACAGCCCAAGAAGCCCACGGAAGAGGAGUUCUUGGAUCACAUCAACCCCCAGCUGGAUGUGAUCGUGGAGAUGCAGGCGGGUGCACAGAGUGUCGAGGAGGCAAAGGGUGCGUCAAUCCUCCGGCAGCUGGAUACAGAGAAGCUUCGUUCCCUCCUUAAGCGAAAUUACCUGCAGGGGUCUGGGAACCAGGGCGACGAGUUUUUCGCUGCGCAGACUAGCCUGGAAGAGGCCAAGGCCUCGAACAAGCGCAUGCAGGAUGAGGGAUCCCAGCGCUCCCAGCUCCUUCGGCCGGUGGCGGACUCCAUUGAUGCCUGGGGCACCCAGCUGCGCGCGGCCCUGGAGAUGAACGUGUUCAACCCGGAGUGCCCACUCAAGGAUAUGGAGCUUGACGACAUCGAGGCCCUUAAGGAAAGGUACUUGAACACGAAGUUCCUGCUGAACCAGAGCAGGAAUCCGUUCCCUGCCUCUCUUCUGCAAGAGCUUCCCACUUUGGCCGCUCUGCAGCGUGAGGGUGAGCGCGUCGCCCGGGACUCCGGCGAGGGGCUGUCUUCCACAGGUGCCUUUGGCCCUGAGGAGCAGUCCCCGGAGGCAGUUCUGGGAGUUCCGGUGGGCUCGGUCGAGUUCCAGAUGCUUCGCCUCAAACGUAUCAUCGAGCUGCACAUGGGGGAGCAGCGCAUGAUCGGGGGCAGAUGGAAGCAGCACCCGGGGCCCCUUGAGCCCCCUACGUGGGCAAAGCCCCUGCCCGAAGGGGAGAAGAUCAUGCUGGAGAUGAGGACACACCCCAGCUCCUUCAGGCAGCCCUUCUUCGAGCCGAUUGCCCUCACCAUGGAGGAGAUUGAGGCACAGGUUGCAAUGGGCACGAGGCCCCCCCUGGAUAAGAUCAUCGGCCCGUUCCAUGCCGAGGGGGACGGGAACACCCACUGGAGAAAGGAGGUGCAGACGUGGGACUUGGUUAGCCUCUUCUCCUGCUUUGGCCACACCUACUCUGCCAGGCACCUCUACGCGGUGUGGAGCCACCUGCCGAUCACCGUCAGGUCCCACAAGAGAGGGGCCAAGAACAAGCAGCAGAACCUGCAGCGACGAGAGGACCACCGGGAUUUGAUGAAGGAGGCCAAAGAGUUUGUGAUUCUGCACGACCUCCCGGUGCCCACGACAAACCAGGAGUGGAAGCAGCUCUACCGCGAGAUCGGAUCAUUUUUCGCUGCCAAGGUCUUCAUCAACCGUACGCCUCAGGUGGUCUUGGAUCUCCCUGUUGCUGACAUCCAUGACUCCAAGCAGCACAUGCGACUGAGAGCCGUAUGUGACGAAAGGAUCACCCUUCCUUUGAAGGCCUUCCGCCACUUCCCGGAGAUCUACAACAUGCUCUCCAACUCGCUGGGUCAAGAGUCGGUGGUGGAGGUCAAGAUGGCUUGGCGCUGCAACACCGUUCAGUGGUGGACAGCCCGCCUCAAGCCAGAGUACGCCGGCCCCAUCUACCGUAAGCUUGGCUACUCGGAGAGCCACAUCAAAGGCCUGCCUUUGGAGCGCGCUCUCCCGCCCAUCACCCCGGACAAUGUCACGAGCGUGGCCUCGGACGACUACAAGAAGAAGAACACGGGGGAUAAGGCGGCCCACGUCUUCUGGGCCAAGAUGGAGUGUGACCGGAUCGAGUUCUACAAGAGGGUGGAGCCCACGGCGGCCCCCCGUGAUCGCUCGCUCUGGGUCAACCCGAGCCUCAGCUCCAGGCUCCGGUUCAGCAAGACGAACCUCAUGGGCCAGGUAUCCGACAUGAUCUGGUCGGUGGUGCUCUCCAACCCGGAGCGGGAUGGCCUCAAGAAGAUCCACGAGCUUGCGGCAUCCCGGGCAUGUGGAGGGGAACCCCUGCCAGGUGCCUAUGGCCCUGAAGGGGGUCUCCUCUCCCUUCGGGCUGCUGUAGCUUUCCUUGAGGACUUGGGCCAUGUCACAGGCCUUUUCUUCGGCAACAGGAAUGCCCUCAAGGGGGGGUGGGACCUCCAGGAUGACUACCUUUGUAUUUUGUUGUCCAUCUCCCUUUGGGAGGGCCCUUGUCAGGGCCCCUGA